AUGCAAAAUCCACUCACAAUCAUGCUUAGUCAUCACCACGACUAUGACCCUUCACACUUUGCCCCGUGCAAAAUUGCGCAUGCUGACCUCUCACAUCCGGAUACCGUCAGUGUUACCAACACAAGUCUCACAACCGGCAUCAUGGCGGCGAUAGACUUCACCCAGCGCCCGACCCAAGAGGCAUUCACCAGUAUCGCGAACGCCUUCAACGAUCCUACUACUUUUUCCGACAUCAAGAUCGUGUGCAAUGGACAAGAAUGGCAUUGCCACAAGCUCAUCCCCAGCCGCCGAUCCGAGUGGUUCAGGCGAGCAUUCGCAGGAGAUUUCCAGGAGAGCCGUGCCGGUGCCAUUGAGCUCCACGAAGACAUUUCCGACGUCGCCAUUCUCGUCCGAGCCAUGCUCCAGUACUGCUACACCAGCACGUGCCCCAUCGUCGCGAACCCUCAGAUCCAUCCCAUCCUCUUCCGCAUCCGCAUGUUCGCUUUGGGAGAGAAGUACUUCGUCCAAGGACUCUGCGAGGUUUCUAGCCAUGGUCUCGACCUCAUGCUGAAGGCCACAUCGAACUCUAUUCCUCUGACCUCGGACACCUUUCUUCAGGCCAUCCGAGAGGCGUACACCCUCAUCAAAGACCCACAGCGUCACGUUCGCGACAUUCUGAUCACCCACGUCGUGAACAGUUCCCGCCGCACUCAAAUCACUCGAGGCUCUCAAUACCGCGACCUCAUGCAAGAGCUACCCGACUUUGCGAUUGAUCUCACUAUGGCAUUGGUCGAGAAAUCCAUCCCUCAUACCGAGGUCACCACACGGCUCAGUCCACCGCAGAUGCUCCUCAUACUGCAACCUCACAACUGGGAAGAUUUAGUGGACCCGCACAUUCUAUCUGGGCCAUGUCGCUACAACUGUCCGGACGGCUGUGGAGACGUCUUUACGGCAUCGAUGGGUGGAAGCAGCUCAGGCAACUGGCACCACUCAUGCCAGGUCAUGGAUACUUUCCACCAUAUGUCAUUCCAGCGGUGGGCCGAGGAGUUCUUGGUUGAUGAAGGUACAUAG